AUUACUGAGGAGGGUAAAACCCCCGGCAUCCGCUGCAGUGUCAGGCCGAGGCAGCGAUCCAACUGAGCCUCCUCCCACAGACACACACUCCCAGAUGCCUCACACACAGACACACACACCUGAGCAGGAGGCUGAGAGCACCACUGUGGGCACGAUGCAGGAUGUAGACACAGAGAUAGGAACACCUUCAUCAGCUGUGUCGAGCUGUGUGGUGAAUUUCUCCGACCCGGAGGGAUACAUAGACUCUUCUGAUGACCCCCCUCUGCCCGAUGGCACCAUGUUACACUGCACCUACACGGUGACCGUGUACACCGGCUACGGCGUGGAGCUGCAGGUGAAGAGCGUGAACCUGUCGGAGGGCGAGCAGCUGUCUAUCAGGGGCGUAGACGCACGAGGUUCUCUGGUGGUCCUGGCCAACCAGACCCUGCUGGUUGAAGGUCAAGUGAUCCGCAGUCCCACCAACACUCUGUCCGUCUACUACUGCUCUACGCUGGAGGGAAACAUGGGCAUCUUCCAGCUGCACUAUCAGAUCUUCAGGCUGAGCUGUUCCCUGCCCAAGAGGCCUCACUUUGGGGAGGUGUCGGUGCUGGACCUGCUGCCUGGAGGCACCGCCCGCUUUCACUGCCACAUGGGCUACCACCUUCAGGGGGAGCCGCUGCUCACCUGCAUCAACGCCUCCCUGCCGGUGUGGAGCGGCAAGGAGCCCAGCUGCAGGGCUCUUUGUGGCGGCACAGUGAAGAACGCUACAGUGGGAAGAGUGCUGUCACCUUCUCCACACCACGGGCCCAACGCCACCCAGGACCGCUCCUGUUCCUGGUCCCUGGAGGCACCCAAGGACCAGAGGCUGCACCUCCACCUGGAGAGACUGGCCCUGGGACCCACUGACAGGCUGGUGUUGUGGAGCGGCCUGGACGCCGGCUCUGUGGUGCUGUUUGACUCCGGUCGGGGUGGACAGAUACCCUUCGAGGGAGUGAUCAGCGAGGGUCCGGCCGUAAGGAUCCAGUUCAUCACCGAUCAGCCCAACCACAACACGGGAUUCAACAUCCGCUACGAAGCAUUUGAACGCGGCCACUGCUACGAGCCGUACCUCCAGAACGGAAACUUCACAACCUCUGAUCCGUUGUACGGCGUCGGAGCUGUGGUUCAGUUCACCUGUGACCCGGGUCACUCUCUAGAACAAGGCCCGCCUGUUAUUGAGUGCAUCAGUGCGAGGGAUCCGUACUGGAAUGACACAGAGCCGCUAUGCAAAGCACAGUGUGGAGGAGACCUGACUGGUCCAGGAGGAGUGAUUCUGUCUCCAAACUGGCCAGAGUGGUACGGAGAGGGGGAGGACUGCAGCUGGAGGAUACACGUCGGGGAGGACAAACGUGUGCUGCUCGACGUACAACUACUGAACAUCAGUGACAGUGACAUGCUGACCAUCACUGACGGCGAUGAGGUCACAACACGAAUCCUGGGGCGAUAUGUCGGAGGAAGCAGCCCCUUCAAGCUCUCCUCAACCACCCCUGACCUGACUGUCACCUUCCACUCCGAUCCGGCGGGGCUCGUCUUCGGCAAGGGCGAAGGCUUCAUCAUCAACUAUAUGGAGGUGUCCCGAAACGACUCGUGUCCGGACCUGCCUGAGAUCCAGAACGGCUGGAAGACGACGUCCCACGUCGCUCUGGUGCGAGGAGCUCGUAUCACCUACCAGUGUGAUCCUGGUUACGACCUGGUGGGACGAGAGACCCUCACCUGUCAGAUAGACCUCUCCUGGAGCUCGCAGCCCCCCUUCUGUGAAAAGAUCAUGUACUGUUCUGAUCCCGGCCAUGUGGAGCACUCUACCAGAUCUCUGUCAGACCCAAAACUCCUGGUUGGGACGACCAUUCAGUACAGCUGCAACCCGGGUUUCGUCCUGCAGGGCGGCGCCACCAUUACCUGCUACGGCCGCGAGCCGGGGACCCCAGUGUGGACGUCUCGACUCCCUCACUGUGUUUCUGAGGAUUCUGUUUCCUGUGAGAACCCUGGUCUCCCUGACAACGGCUACCAGAUCCUGUCCAAGAGGCUUUACCUGCCCGGCGAGUCGCUCACCUUUGUCUGUUACCAAGGCUACGAGCUCAUUGGAGAGGUUGCGAUUAAAUGCAUCCUAGGAAACCCGUCCUUUUGGAGCGGCCCACUUCCUCUCUGCAGAGCCAACCAUGACUGCUACCAUGGCAACCAUGCUUUGGAAGUUGCAGAGGCGCCUGCAAACUCCUCUCUGGACGGAGGGAACAUAGCGCUCGCCAUCUUCAUCCUGGUUCUUCUGCUGUCUGUGCUGCUGGGAGGAGCGUAUGUCUAUGUCACACGGUGCCGAUAUCACUCCAACUUAAGGCUGCCUCUCAUCUACCCCCACCCUUACCGACAGAUCACUGUGGAGACCGAGUUUGACAACCCGCUCUACGAGACAGGAGGAGACACUCGUGAAUAUGAAGUAUCAAUAUGAGAAGCCUCACAAAAGACAUUUCUGAACAAAAAACGACCGCCCCUUCCCAACUCUUCAUCCUCUCCUCCCUCCUUCUCCGCCCAGGAGGAGGCGAUGUAAAUACGAAUAGAUGAUGUCCAGCCCCUUCUGCCACGAGACGCCACGAUUGAUUGAUCUUGUUCUCUCCUCCUUUUUUUAACGCGACAGCUUCUGAAGACAUGACGGGAGGAAAAUAGGAGAGAAGGAAAACGCAAAAGGAGGGAGAGAGAGAAAAGAGACGGACCUGUGUGGAUCAGUGUCGCCGUGAGAUGAUGGGAGACGGAGAACGGAGGAAAAAAAAAAAAAAAAGCCCAAAGAUCAUCUCGAAACAUCGAACGUGGUGAGAAAAGAAGAGAUGUUGGGUGUGAAGUGGGGCAAAGAGAAGUUAAGGAGGGGAGAAGGGGAAGGAGUUGGGGACAGGACACAGUAUGAGGAAUGUGGAAUGAGAGGAUUGAAGCACUUUUUAGUAUUUUUUAAGGAGGAUUCGAUUCAGAUUUUCGGUGUCAUAAUUCGAUUCAGAAUCAGUUCUCGAUUCAAACUCGAUUACUGAUUCAAUAAAUAGAAAAGGGGGACACUACUUUUAGGCUCUUACUCCAAUUCACUGUGUGCCAAACCAUCGAACCUUUAUCCGCUGAACUGCAAUAUGAAACAUAAGCAACCGUGAAGCUAACUGGUGUGGAUGAAGGUCACUGACUGACCGACAGAAAGAAGUAGAGAAAGUAUGUAAGAAGCUUGUUGGCCUUGUUCAGACUGCCAGCCCAAAUCUGUUUGGUUUUUUUGCAGAUCUAGAUCAUAUCUAAGUCUGAACAGCAAAAAAACAAAUCAAAAGAAAAUCAGAUUGAAGGUCGAGGAGGUGGUUUGAGAAUCGAUUUUUACAGAUGCGUCUCAGUCCGGACGCUCAAAUCAGAUUUCAAAGUGUCUUUUUACAGUUAACGAUUUCAUUUAGCAGCGACGUUCAUCUGAGAGCUGAUACAACACAAGCAGGGAUCUAGUCAGGAGAGAACAACAUGAGUAAGUGCU